AUGUUACAUUUUGCAGUUUCAAAGCCUGCCCCACAUUGGGAAGGAACAGCUGUUAUCAAUGGGGAAUUCAAAGAGCUGAAGUUGUCAGACUACAAAGGAAAAUAUCUUGUCUUCUUCUUCUACCCACUGGAUUUUACUUUCGUGUGUCCUACAGAGAUCAUUGCAUUCAGUGAUCGCGUGCACGAGUUUCAAGCCAUCAACACAGAGGUGGUUGCCUGUUCGGUGGACUCCCAGUUCACUCAUUUGGCCUGGAUAAACACGCCUCGAAAGCAAGGUGGUCUUGGACAAAUGAAGAUUCCUCUGCUGUCAGAUCUCACUCACCAAAUAUCCAAAGACUACGGAGUCUACCUUGAAGAUCAAGGACACACACUAAGGGGACUUUUCAUCAUUGACGGCAAAGGCAUACUGCGACAAAUAACAAUGAAUGACCUCCCAGUGGGGCGCUCUGUAGAUGAGACUCUUCGCUUAGUCCAGGCCUUCCAGUACACGGAUAAACACGGAGAAGUGUGUCCAGCGGGAUGGAAACCUGGCAGCGACACGAUCAUACCAGACCCUUCAGGGAAGCUAAAAUACUUUGAUAAGACCAACUAA